AUGUGGGGGCAGAGCAAGGAGCUCAAGGCUGUCACUGCCAAGCUUGAGGCUUGGGCACAGGACACCUUCGGUGGCAGUGACUACUUGUCGAAGCUCUUUGGCGGGAACCCUGCUGCUCUCAAGGACACAUUUCAGACGCUGCUGGUGCGGUUGGACAAGCUGCAGCCCCAGCAUAUCUUUACGCGGCAUGCCACACAGGCCACUGUUCCUUCCCCCGACGAUGAGUCCGUGGAGCUGUAUCUCAAUCCUUGGCACUUGGGAUAUGAGCCAUGCUUCUCACUCAAAGGCCCAUCGAAAAUGGUCUACAUCUUGAGGCUCUUCCGAGAGUUUUUGGAACGCCCCUUUGACUCGGCCAGCAACCCCAUACUGAUCAACUUCAAGGGUUUGCAGCCUGGUGCUCCAAUUCCGUCCUUCCAGGUGUCCAUCUCCAUCGGCUUCACAAAGAGCAUCGCGAUGAAGCUCAUUUUGCUUGGGGCCAUCCAGACCAACUUGACCGAUGGUGAGUUGACCCUGUUGGCGCCACAUUUGCGUGCAAUGUUCGCCUUCAAGUGCAUCUACAGGUCCACUGGCAAUGCCAAGGAGGACAGAUUCAGGGCACUGCAGGAGAAGUUUUCUGAGAGCAGCAGGCCACGACCUGACCCGGUGCAAAUCUCAGGAAUCCUGCUGCAGCAAUGUGUUGAGGAGGGACGGGCUUGGAAAGAUGGGAGUGGUGACCUGAUCGCACAGUUCAAUGCUGGCUCCGGGGUGGACUGCAAGCGCUUGAGCGACUUGGAGCAGACGGUUGUCACCAUGUACCCCAACCUGAUGCAGGAGUCCCAGGAGCUGAUCGCUUACCACUGGAGCAACUACCCAGCGAAAAACAGUGGCCUCACCUACAAGCAGCUUGCGUGUGAACAGGUUCGGUGCGGCAGCAAGCCUCGAAUCGACUGCGAACUCUGGCGGAGCAUCUUGAGCACGGACAUGGUCAAGGUGCAUUGGUUUGUGGCCAGGCGCGUCAGGUAUUUUCUCCACAAGCUGGGUGAUGCCAAGCGUCUUCGCAAGCGUGUCAACUUGACUGCAAAUGCAGCUUCCUUCAGGGACCAAAAGGAUGAUGAGACGUGCUGGGCAAUCACUUGCUUGUUUGUGCACUACCUGCCAGCCUUCAAGGAGCUCUUGACCGCGGCCCAGAUGGAUUCCUUGGGGAACAAGUUCAUCCGGGGCUACUUGGACAUGGAGCUUGUGGAGAAGUACAGGGUUGCUGACCCUCAGUUGACUGCAUCUUCCUUCAGGAUGUUACAGGAGUUUGGAGUGAAAAGUGGGGUGGCCAUCAAAAUCGAUGAGGCAAAGGCCGACCUUGACUUGCAGAAGGCAGAGCUCAACACGGCGAUUGCCAAGCUGAACAAGGAGCAGAAGAAGUUCUUGGAUUUCAAGGAGUCGAUGGCCAACUUUCAGCGAGCUGGCCUGGGACUGCAGGCAGAGUUGGUGGACAAGCAGAAGGCAUCGCAAAGGGCUGCAGUUGAGGUGCACCAGGAGACACACUACCCGCUUCGUGAUCUAGCUGAGCUUGGCCAUGCCACCACGUUCGUUGAGUCCUGUGCGAACCGCUUUGCCAAUGAGGCCGGCAUUGCCGAUGAGGAGUGCCACAGGAUCUUUUGGUUGAACAGCUCCACCUUGGGGUGCGACGCCGUGAAGAACACCAUUGAGGCGAUCAAGGAGUUCUCUGGUCACAUUGCCUCGGACCCUCGCCGAAGCUGCAUGAUCAUUGCAGCCCCAACCACUGGGGCUUUCGGCAACGAGUACUCAGAACAUGAUGUUCAUGAGCAAGCGCUCAAGAUCCUGGAUGCCUUGAGAGAUGUGGACAACAGGUUGUUGGUGAGAGAGAUCACGGUGGUUUUUGACCCCAGCACGAUCCCGGCUCAAAGCAAACGGCCUGCCAAUCACAAGUUCUACAUGGCUGUCAGUGAUCAGGUGGGCACAGACAAGGAGCUGUUGUCCAUCUACAGCAAGUCUGUCUUGUGGAGGAGACAGACAGUGCCUUGCACAAAGCAAUCAGCCCAGUGCAUCAUGAACCCGAUCAGGAACUAUGUGGAUCCCAGGCGAGAUUUCUCAACUGCUGGUUCCACAGGGCCCGGAGAUGUGAGCCGACCGGCAAGGCGGAAGCAAUGGCUUUCGGGAUGGACGCUGCCUGCGGCUUUCCUUGAUGGCAUCUGGCUCAGCAUGGGAAAAGGCCGCAACUCGAUGGUCGCCUUCAUCGACGUGUUUGCCUAUGAUCACAGCACGGCAGAGUGCGUGAUGAGGAGGAGCAGCAACAGCACUGAGCCCAUGCAUUUGUGGAUAGGCACAUGCUGGGCCGAAGCAAACACCCGGGAUGACCAUCAGCAAGGCAAGCGAGUUGAGAAUCAGAAGAUCUCGAGAUGGUUGCUGGUGGCUGUCAGGCGGAGGCUGCAGAACAUGGCCGAGCAAAGCAUCAUGAAGAUCCCGAACUGGGAGGCCUUGGCGCAGUUUGUUGACAACCGCACUACACCAGUGCUGCAGGAGAGCGAUUUCCAGGUGACCUUCCCAUCAGGUGCCGACACCCUUCCCUUCACCCAGAAGUUCUUGAAUGUAAUGUCGGAGAAGCUGGUCACGGAUGACCUGAAGGAGCAGUGGGCACAGGUGGUGCAGGAUCACAAUGCCUUGUACAACCCUCAGGGCAAGGCGUAUGAUGGGACGAAGCGCGCAGCCGAGGGGGGAAGCGCAGAUGGGCCCAUGACCAAGAAGCAGAAGACCAAAGAGGUGGUCACGGUGGAGGACAGCCUGGAGGACAUCAAGAAGAAGCACAAGGUUACGGCAUUUGCAUAUGGUGGAGGGCAAGUUGUCAUUGCAAGUGACGGGCACAUGUGGUUUGCAGCCGGGGAGGCAAAGGCCACACUGUCACCUAUGGACCCACCUUUGGCCUUGGUGUUUGGCAGCUUCAAGAUCAAUGAGGAUGCAAAAAAGAUCAUGCAGGGCAAGGCGUUCUACUACGAGGUUGGCUUCAGCAAUGAUGAGGUGAUGGGCCACUUUCGCAAGGGCGAGGAGCCGGGAGAAUCUGCCGAGACCUUGCGAAGCUUCCUGUCAAAGCUUGAGUCCGGUGGCAAAGACAUCUCCAGCCUCGAGAUUGCAUGCCACAAGGUUGAGCCCAAGAUUGAGAAGGAUGCUGCAGGCGAUGUGACCAAGCGGGCAUUUGAAGUGAAGGACGCGUCUGCCAUUGUGUUCAGCCCGCAGCCCGCACCACGAAAGGUUGCUUCUUCCAAGCCUCCGACUUGGGAGGAUGCUGGCAGCCUGCUGUUUGCUGCCUCCUCGUCAGUCUUGGAGGAGUUCAAAAAGCAAGAGCUGAUUGUGCUGGGCCAGCGAUGGGCGGUGACUUCGUCAGAGCAAAGCUGGGGAAUGAACCCAGACAAGCCCGGCCUGUACCCGGCAUGUGAGCUUGAAGUUCCUGCAGGCAAGAUUGCCAAGCUAGUGUAG